AACCCUAAUGCAUCUCUCUAAUUCAUCUUCCAUGGGAGGAGUUGUAGUUCUUCAACCCCAAGAUUUGUUCAACGAGGGACUGCCUCGUUCAAAUCUAAUUAAUUCUCCUAAUUUUGGUUCUAUCAAUUCUCGCCGAAACCCAAAUUCCAAUUCUAACCCUAACCCCACUUUCAUUUAUAACCAUAAGCCUACCACCAUUUCUGCGAGAUCGUCGAAUCGAUCUCGAAAACGGAGUCCACUUACCAAGAGUGGCACCACCACCAUGACGACGGCCGUGGCUGUCAGUCAGAAACCCAGAAAUGCCCUUGUCAUGGAGCAAGUGCAGAUACUAAAACGCGGUGAAGCCUUGGACCAGACGGUAAAGAAGGCGGCAAGGACUCCAAUAAAAGGGGAGAAGUGUUUGCAGACCAAAGAUUUGGAUGAUUUUGUGUUGGCCUCGACGGAUCGUUUGGUUCCGGAGCCUGGUACGGUACCCAAACAGAUCAACGUCCCUGGUUUUUAUGCUGGAUCGGCGUUUAUUGAGUCGCCACCGCCGAGCUCAUUACCUGUACCGGCUUUUUUCAAGAAAAGGAGUGUCUUGGCUGAGAAAAAUGAUGCCACCAGUGAUUUGCGUCGAAUUCUUGGACUUGAUUUGGUUUGA